AUGAUAUCUCGAAUGAUUUUCAGAAACUAUCCUUCUCACAAUGAGUCCGACGACGAGCCAUUCCAUUUCAGUAUCAGCAGAGAAUUGCUUCUCGACCGAAACGAUGUCGUAGUGGGAGAGAUGAUUGGAGAAGGAGCUUACUCCAUCGUCUACAAAGGAUUGCUAAGAAACCAAUUUCCCGUGGCGGUGAAGAUCAUGGAUCCGAGUACAACUUCCGCUGUAACCAAAGCGCACAAAAAAACGUUUCAAAAGGAAGUUCUGUUACUAUCCAAGAUGAAACAUGACAACAUUGUGAAGUUUGUUGGAGCUUGCAUAGAACCACAAUUGAUUAUAGUUACCGAACUCGUUGAAGGCGGCACUCUACAGAGGUUCAUGCACUCUCGUCCGGGUCCUCUUGACCUAAAGAUGUCACUAAGCUUUGCUUUGGAUAUUUCACGAGCCAUGGAGUUUGUGCACUCAAAUGGCAUCAUUCACCGUGAUUUAAAUCCAAGGAAUUUGUUGGUAACCGGUGAUCUGAAACAUGUGAAAUUGGCUGACUUUGGAAUUGCAAGAGAAGAAACUAGAGGUGGCAUGACCUGUGAGGCUGGCACCUCUAAAUGGAUGGCUCCUGAGGUAGUGUAUAGCCCUGAGCCGCUGAGAGUUGGGGAGAAGAAGGAAUAUGACCAUAAGGCUGAUAUUUACAGCUUUGCCAUAGUAUUAUGGCAGCUGGUUACGAACGAAGAACCAUUCCCUGACGUGCCUAAUAGCCUCUUUGUUCCCUAUCUUGUUAGCCAAGGUCGGAGACCAAUACUUACGAAGACUCCCGACGUGUUUGUCCCAAUCGUUGAAUCAUGUUGGGCACAAGACCCGGAUGCGCGUCCGGAAUUUAAAGAGAUUUCGGUUAUGCUGACAAACUUGCUAAGAAGAAUGAGCUCAGACAGUAGCAUUGGCACAACACUACCGGAUGGGGAAGCUUAUGAAGGUGAGAUGGAGGAAUCAGAGAACUCUCCUCUUCUUCAAGAGCAUUUUUGCAAGGUGAAGAAACCUAAGGAGAAGAAGAAGAAGAAGAAACUGGUGAAGAUGAGAUUUCCUUUCUUUAAGAAGUUCAAGGUUUGGUUGUACAACUACAAGCCAUGA